UAAAAACCCAUGUAAACAGGCUUUCUCAAACACGGAAUCCAAUAUACAUGAUUUUGAAACUGAUGCUACUGAUUAUUUUGACAGUGAAGACGAAUACUUUGAAACAUACAGAAACAACUUUGAGGACAGUUCGAUGUUUACUUUCCAUGGAAUGAUUCAUUCUCCAUCCUCAACAUCUGCAGAAAAUGGACGAUACAGUCAAGGCGUAUCACAGUACAAUAACAUGCCAGUGUUUGUGACAUCCUUGCAGAAAUUUGCAAAAGACAAUGGAUUUACAGUCCAUAAUGUUAUGGCAGAUGGAAACUGUCUUUUCAGGGCCAUCAAUGAUCAGCUUUCUGUUAACGGAAUCUUUGGUAACUCUCCUGAGUCACUACGGAAAAACACUAUCAAUUUUCUUCGGGAAAAUCCGUAUCAAGAAGAUGGUUCACACACUGAGUCGUUCCUUUUCACCGAAAACUGGGAACAAUACUUGUCGAGAAUGGAACAAAGUACAGAAUGGUGCGAUCACGUCAUAUUUAAGGCUGCUGUUGACGCCUUAGGUCUACGAGUUGUGGUUUUUAAUGUUUAUGAGGACGACAUUAGACGAACAGAGGUUUUAUCAAGAAAACAAUCAGUUGACACCAUAACCGUUUAUCUUGGUCACUUUGGAGAAUUUCACUACCUUAGUUUAAGACCCAAGAAUUGGGAGAAAGAAUGGCAAUACAAAGCACUAAUAUUAAGACAUCAAUUACUCAUCAGACAAUUUGAGAGUCUAAAAAUUCAAAGUGAUGAGAAAAACGGCGUAGAAGACUUACUCAAAAUAACAUCAAAUUGUGACUUCAAAACAGAAAUACAAACUGACUGGAAUUACUCAGAAAAGUUCGGAUACACAGUAUGUCCCGUUUAUGGUUUGAAAGACCUAGAAAUGGAAGAAGAUGAAGAAUCGCUGAAUCGUCUCGUCGAGGAUCCAUUUUACGUUGAUACACGAACAGGACUUCCACUUCAACAUUUAGCCUAUCUCAUAAAGCAUUUGAUUCCUCCUAUGAUGGCUCUUGUUAAUUCCCAUGCACUUCCACCAGUACAAAAGGAUGGGGUGGUGUUUCAGUAUUUAGGAUCAUUUGCUACGGGAACCUAUGCAUUCUUAAAAGAUAUUAUUCGAGGAUACACGUCACGAAAUCUUGUUAAGAAAGAUGCCACUGUAGUUGCUUUAAGACCGCUUACACCGGCAAUUUUAAUUGAUACAAAGAAUACACAUCCAGGUUUUCUACGAUUAAAAGUUCUAUCUAUGUCGCAUUUAUUCCCAGAGAAAAGUUUGCAUAGAUGUGAGAAUGAUGUUUUCUUAAAAAGAUUAGAUGUCCCUGAGAAUAUGUCUUUACCGGAGAGGUCAGAAAGAUGUUUUAUGGGAUUCAGUAGUGCUGAGUUUCCACUAGCUGCAGAUGAGUGGCGAAAUAGACAAAGGAAAUUCAAAUGGCCACCACACGAUGUAGUUUCUGCUAUUCACAAUGCAGGCUGUACCUUAAUUCCAAAACAUCACCCAAAGAGUUGUAAUCCAGAUAUAGAGUGGAAAUUUAACUUCACAAACUCUGAAGUAAUAAUCUUUACAAGAGCUGUUACAAACAAGCAACGUCGCGGAUUUUUCCUACUACAAAUGCUUAUCAAUUACAGUACAUGUCAUUUUGGAUGCAAAUUAAAAAUGAAACACACUAAGGCAGUAUUUUUGAACUGCUGCGAGCAGAUUCCUGUUGAAAAAUGGGAAACAAACUUAAGUGGGUGCGUUCUUUAUGCUAGUGCAUUUUUAUUAGCUUGCAUAAGAAAAAGGCAUCUUCCACAUUAUUUUAUACCAUCGUUCAAUUUAUUUGAGAACUAUAAGGAGGAAGAUCUUGAUUCCAUAUUUAUUCAAAUCGAAGCUAUACGGUUGUUUCCAGUGCAGACUAUACAAUUUCUUACUGAAAAUUAUGGAUACACAUACGGAGCAAGCCUGUCAAGAUUGGUUUUACAGGACUGUAGAAGAUUUGCAUCAAGUAGAGAAAUAUUAUCAACUUAUUACGAUGUUUUCGUUCCUGGAACAAUUAGAACAGUAAAAUUUUUAACAAGACAAGGCUAUUAUAAAGCAGCUUAUUUUCUUCUCCACGACACUUAUGAGUCACGUCUUUGUUUUACAUGUACAAAGCCUAGCGAUUUGAAUUGUAAUUUCACAGAAUUUUUCUGUCGUGCUCUCAAAGAAAUUCACCAGGAAGCCUCUCAGAUUAUUUUGGCAAAAAGGUUUCAAAACGAAUAUGGUGUAGACAUACUGGAUUCUGUCAUGUCAACAGGUCCUCUUUUCGUGGAGGAUAUCUUACCAUGGGGGGUAAACUACGAGAUUGCCAGGCUGCAUAUACCAAUAGAAAAAACGUCGAAUUUCGAAUUAAUUGGAGAUUUUUUUUACGAAUAUAGUAAAACUGAAGUAAAGAGAUUUAACAGCGACCUAGCUACGCUAGGUAUCUCGGAAGCAAUUCGAUGUUUCGAAAGAGCUAUUCAAGAGGGACCUAUGAUUGAUGUCGAAAUAGAUGACGAAGCUUUAAUAAAAGAUAUUCAGUCUCAGAAGUCCGAAAUGAUGAAAAGACUGAAAGAAAAAUUGAUGUUUUGCUACAUCCAUACCAUGAGGAUUUCCAAAAUGCACCGGACAUUCCUGCCACUGGAAAUGUAUAUGCCUGCAAUAGAAGAAUUGUGUCAAGAAUUGCCAGAUAUGAGUGGAAUCGUCAGUAUUAUGUACCAGUACUUACUUUUUCCUGGUAAACAGAAGGAAUACGAAAAGCGUUUUGAUAGUUUCUUAGGAGCAGGUAGGUAAAUAUUGCAGCUAAGUUUGCUAAUCCUUUGAAUAUGAUAUUUAAAUGCAAUAUGAUUUCAUCUACUCUAUUUCCUUC